CUUCAUACCACCAAUAAAUCUAAUGAUGAGUCAUACUUUUAAUAUGACAUUAUACAGGCAUUCAGUGACAACAGUGGCGUAGUGUGCCCAUAAACAAAUCUUGACAAUUGUCAUUGAAAUUCAACCACACAGUAGGCCUAUGCAUACAAACGACCUCAUCUUCUCAUAAGACAUUCCAAGGCUGAAUUAAUGGAGAGUCAAAGCAACAUUCUGGACACCCAAUCAGAAGCUCCAUUCGCGGAGAUGGGACGAAGUAGACAAAGCGGCCGAUUCAGGCGUACUGGUCAUUGCUUGGUCAGAUACAAAUUCCGUGUUAAAAAACAACUGGAAACUCGGGAAAAAACGAGCUCCGACUGGGAAAAUAGAUUUCAACGGUCAUCAAUCUCGGAAUUCCAACUCGGGCCACUUGCUGGAGCUCCGACUUUACAACCUGAAGAUCAUGAUUUGACCUCGUUUUUUUCCGAGUUCCCAGUUGUUUUCAACGCGGCAAGAGUCCCCAAGGCUGUCAUUGUUACCAACCUCCACAGUUUCUUCUCCUCCACCUUUCUUAUUCGAGCGAGAGGUUUCCGCCUUUACUUCUUCUCUGGUGGGUGGAGUCGGUCACCUGAACAACAAGUUAUGAGCCAGCCGCACAGAGGGCAAAGGGGGAGAAACGGCGGUCUCCACGAGCAUCGGGAACACAGGCCACGACGGGAGCUGCAGCACAAUGAUAGACAACCAUCAAGCGACAGGUCCUCUUCUCAGCCUCCAUAUUACAGGGACUCCACACCCCCUCUUAAACAUGUGCGGCACCAAGAAGCCCCAGGAGAGGAUCAUAAUGGGUCCAAAUGCACCAAUAUCUGCUCUAGGAGAGGUAUCGUGUUGAUCUGUUCAGUCCUGACCAACGCCCUGGUCCUGAUCUGUGUGGUGGCAGCUCAGAUGGUGAUGUCAGGCAUGUCUGCUAUGGGCGGCCUGGCAGGAGGCAACUUCAACCUUAACACUAACAUCCCCUUCGAGGGCCAAGAGCUGCAACAGGUGAGAGACCUGGACAUGCAGUACAGCCAGAUGAGAGCUCCGGGAAUCUACGGGGGCGUGGCAUUUGCCCUUGUCUUCGGUGUUGUCUCCCUCUUGUUCGUGGUCUCAGGGAACAAGCCCGCUCACCUGCUGGGCCAGAAGCUGCUGAUGGGAGCGUUGGUGUUCCAGGGUUUGGGGGCGGUACUCUACGUGGUGGCGGUGGGGUUGUACCUCCAUUUUGUCAUCCAGGUAAACAGUACAGACGUGUGUAAGAGAAGGGAGAGGCUGUACGCACGUUCAGGUUUAACCUGGAUGAACUGUGAUGUGGGAGGGGCAGACGCGGCCGUGGCUUUGUUCGGGCUGAUCACUGCGAUACUCUACACUGCUGGUACGGUGCUCACGUUCCACACGGUGCGCUGGGUCAGGGGCUACCUGAAGGAUCGCAGGCUACACGAGGAGAGAGAUAGACGCCCCCCUAGUGCCAGCUCCCACCCACAUAGGGCACCACUACGGUCUGAUACCGCUCUGUGACGGAGACGCAGGUCGAGCCCCAAGUGGCACCCUAUUCUCUAUAGAGUGCACUACUUUUGAUCAGGGCCCAUAGGGCUCUGGUCACAAUAAAUAGAUUAUGUAGGAAAUCGGGUGCCAUUUGGGACGACGCCACAGAUGAACCCCGGAAGGGACCAAAGUGCUUUUUCACUCGAUCCCUUUUCAUUAAAACGGUCUGUCCAUUUUUGACAGUAAUGGGACUUGCAACUACCCACUGGGCAAAGAUGUCUGUUUAAAAUCUAGUUUUGAUUUACUUUUGAGUUGUCAACAGUUAAAUCAACAAAAAUGUGAACCAUGUCAUUGGAUUUAGGUUUAAAGUUGGGUGGAAAAAAAGACAAAUAGCCCUAACUUUUUACAAAUCCAGUAAGUUUGAUGUUGAUUCCAAUAUCACAUUGAAUGCUUUUGUUGAAAUGACAUGGAAAAAAUGUUUGAUUCACCCAGUUUGUGCCCAGUGGGUAAGGCAUUUGCUCUGUAAACUUCUGUAAAGCAUGGAUUUGAUAUGAGUUCCUUUUUAACUGCAACAUGAAUGACCCACUGAUCUCACAGACUGGUCUUGUUAUUCAUCAAUAAAACUUUUGUAUGUGUGUGUAAAUAGAGGUUGCAUGUAAAUAAACCUUUACAUUUAUCUGCCA